UACAAAGUUACAAUUGAAUACGGAAUACCACAGAAUUCCCCAUCUGAACUCACGGAGAGGGUUGCUAGUGUAAUGGCAUCCUCGAAAGGACCAGGACCGGCGGCGGCGACGGUGGAGUUAGAGAAGUUGAGCGUCGAGCAACUCAAAGCUGUGAAAGAACAGACCGAUCUUGAAGUCAACCUACUCCGAGACAGCCUCAACAACAUCCGAACAGCUACCACCCGCCUCGGAGUAGCUUCCACUGCCCUUAGCGAUCUUUCCCUCCGUCCUCGAGGGAAGAAAAUGCUGGUUCCACUAACGGCGUCGCUUUAUGUACCGGGAACGCUGGAUGAUGCUGAUAAUGUUUUGGUGGAUAUUGGGACUGGGUAUUAUGUGGAGAAAACUAUGGCAGACGGAAAAGACUACUGUGAACGUAAAAUAAACCUUCUACAAUCCAAUUACGACCAGCUUCUUGAUGUGGCUGCAAAGAAGAAAAGUAUUUCUGACGAAGCUGGUGCUAUCUUACAGGCCAAAUUAAGACAACUUACCCCUACAGCAUAGAACAAAAUGUAUUCGUUUGUGCACUAUUUCCUAGUUUAAAGUUGAAAUAUAUUUUCUUGUAAAAAACAUCAAAUGAUCCCGCAAGUAAUAUUGGGCUGUCAGAAAUUCAUCUAUGGGAUUUUAGGACGUAGUGACUUCCCUUGACCCCAUUUUUGUAUGAGGAUUUCUUGAUAUUAGAUGUUUUCGAAGUAUUGUUUGAGAUUAAAUUGUUCAGUUUUACGUUCUUGUUUUGGUUUCAAAUGCCAUAUUGACAUUGACAUAUAUUAACAAAUUAACGGGCUUUCAGAUU